AUGUCUGACAACAUCGACCAAUACCAAUACCUCUGGGACGACCAAUCCCAAAUACUCGAUCAGGUGGAGCUCCACUCUCCCGUUUAUCCAGCCGACUAUGAUCAAACCCCUCGUCAAGAUCCUUCUACCUUCACCUUUGAGCAGUUCCUCAACGACUCGGUUGAAAAGUUGGAUGAUGCCUCUCCACAAGUAGGCCACCAACAAGCCGAUGGACGAAUGGCGAACAUGAGACAAGCAAAUCACACACAAGUUGAGUUACCCGUUCCUUUCAUGACUAACAAUGUAGCAGUCGAUCCUCGCUACUUGAAUAGUGGUUUCACUGGCAACAACAACCCCGUUCCAGCAGCAGUUAGUUUCGCGGGCCCAAGCAACAUUUUGUCAGCCAACAACAUGCAAGCGGUCCAACACUUCCCUGCUCCUUUCGAGUAUGCUGGGACCUACCGACACGACAUCUUGAAUGUCUUUCCCAGCCCAACGUAUCCAUUGCACAUCAUUGAUUCCUUGGGACAUCUGCCACCAAACGUCAUGGAGGCGCUUCAUCAAGGUUUGAAACGACGCAGAGAGUAUGACGAUCAGCUGGAUCAACUUAUCGCCGAGGCCGAUAACACCGAACCCAUUUCUCUCGAGCAACCUUCAGCUAAGAAGUGCAAGGUCUCCAAGGGCAAGGGUAUCACCACCUCCGUCGCAUUAGACUCGGAUCCAGAAGCACAAGCACUCACAGACACAGAACCAGAGUCAGAACAGAAAAAACCAGAAGUAGUCGUCAGACCCACCAAAGUACCUGGAAAGAAAUGGAUCAAACCCAACUUGACAACACAAGGUAAGAAUAAGCGCAGUCAGAACAUCCAAUUGUUGAAUCCUUCCGCAUUUUACACUCCGCAUGAACAGCAACCUCGGAGCUGGGGAAACCCAAAUCACGCCGGUGUAGUUCCUUUCCAGUACACCCCAGAGGGAGAGUUGAACCCACACGUCAAACUCACCGCUGACCAGUUGAGAGAGUUCAUCUUCAACCAUCCGGGUCACAACAUCACAGGAGAGAGACACACCAAGAGAUCCGGACUCACGCUCUGGAUCCAAAGCGUCCCAUCCGACUCUGCCGCACGCUAUCCUCACCAAAACUCCGACAAAUGCCGAUUUGUAGACUGCCCAGUUCGCAACGGCACCAUCCACAAGGGUCACUACCGAGUCGCGUUCGAUGAGCAAUCGUCCGACCCGGUCGUCCACGACCCUUUCCACAACGCUGGUCAUGUUCAUCUCUUCUGCCUAGAGAAGUUCCUCAACUUCCCCUAUCUCUGCGCCAAUUUCAACAUUCAGCCUGACGAUCGUAUCCUCCCCGAGGGACGAAACAAGAUGGCGAUCACGCGAGAUCAUGUCGAGAUGAAGAAGAUCGUCAGACGCUUCGUCCGCAAUGCAGAGAGAGAAUACGCCAACCCAAACAUGGUGAUCAACAACUAUAGCUACGAGAACACCCUUAGUUAUCGAUUGACCGCCCAGCACUUGGAGCUCGAACCCGCCAACCGACAAAGUUUACGCGACAGACGUCCCAAUGCCAACUCCAUCGACAAGCACAUGAACAAUCUUGAUAUUUUCGUCGCAGGCAACAACCAACGAAGACAAGCAACCCAAGGUCGUUCCCACGCCACAAGUUCGUCUGACUCCGAACUGGUAACACCAAUCAAGAGACCCACGCCGGCAAAGAGCAACAAGAGAAAGACAAUCGAGGUGGAUGAAGAACAAGAUGCAGAGUUCGAAAUCGAUGACAAGAUCUUGGAUCUUGACCCCACACAAGCACAAAUAGGAUCAUCGACCGAGCAAAGCAACGAUAGGAGACCCGUCAAGAGAGCUCGUCAUGAGACAAAAUCGGCUAAGACAGUUGUUGAUAGCGACAGCUACGAGAGUGGCAAUAGCGAUGAUGAUACCUCAGAAGACGACGUCUUGAAUUGGGCGGUGGAGAGACCAGUGAAGAAGUCAAGAAGAUCGACCAGAAAAUCGAGCAGAUUGAGCAGGUGA